UAUGGAGUCGGUCAGUCACACCACAAAUAAAAGCAUCUAUUUUAGAUAUACAUUUUUACCAAAACUACAAGCAUGUAGUUGCAGUUGUUGAAUCGAUGCAGACAAAAGUCUGCUUGGUAACCUUGGAGACAGAACGCAGGGCACACAAAACUCUCUUGAAGGGUCCAACCAUAGUAACCGUGGGUUCGCCAACAAGGAAAACGCUCUGAACAGUGUUUGAAUGGUCAGGAUUCAGAUUUAUGAUUUUGGUACAUCAUGGAUGGUGUGGGUCAGACAAAUGAUGUUCAGGCAGAGCUGGACUCUGUGGAAGCCGAGCUGGAGCUGGUGGAGCUGCAGAUAGCAGAGCUCCUUGAAAAGAAAACUGAAUUGAAUUCUCGCAAGACUGUGCUCCUGUGCAAGCUGGAGGAGGUGUGCGAUGUUGCAUCUGCAUCGUCUUCGUCCAGCCAGUCUUCCACAACUGGCUCUGAAAUGAGUAAAGAGGAAAUGCAGCAAUACGAUGGCACAGAGUUUGCUUGGUCCAAAGAUGUGACGCGGCACCUGAAGGAUUCAUUCCACCUUUCCAAGUUCAGACCCCUGCAGCUGAGGGCCAUCAAUCUGACACUGUCUGGAAAAGAUCUAUUUUUGGUGAUGCCCACAGGCAGAGGGAAAAGCCUUUGCUAUCAGCUACCUGCGAUGUGUUCCGACGGCUUUACACUGGUUGUGACUCCUCUGGUGUCGCUGAUGGAGGAUCAGCUCAUGUACCUAAACUCCAUCAACGCUGCAGCAGAAAUGCUCAAUGCUUCUAGUAGCAAGGAGCACACUAAGAGCAUUUUAGCUGGCAUGAUUGACAAGAAGCCCCCAUUUAAGCUUUUGUACGUGACACCCGAGAAAAUUGCCAAAAGCAAGAUGUUUAUGUCUCGCCUGGACAAAGCCAACAAUGCAAAUCUCCUGAGUCGUAUCGCUGUCGAUGAGGUGCACUGCUGCAGCCAGUGGGGACAUGACUUCAGACCAGAUUACAAACUGUUGGGCAUCCUGAAGAGGCAGUUUCCGAAGGUCCCGGUGAUUGGACUCACAGCUACAGCGACCACCAGCAUCCUCAAGGACUGUGCUAAGAUCCUGUGUGUGCCAAAGCCAAUCUCACUCACAGCCUCGUUCAACCGCAUCAAUCUCUAUUAUGAGCUUCGUGCCAAAGUUACUGACGAGGCGUUAAUAAACGACAUUGCCUCGCUGAUAAAGAAUCGAUACAAGGACCAGUCAGGAAUCAUAUACGUGUUCUCUCAGAAGGACGCAGAGUCUGUGUCCUCUGAACUCCAACAGAGGGACAUCCUAACUGCUCCCUACCAUGCCAGCUUGAACCCUGAUGAUAAGUCUCAAACUCAUCGCAAGUGGGCCUCCGGCAAAGUGCAGGUGGUGGUAGCUACAGUGGCAUUUGGCAUGGGAAUAGACAAGCCUGAUGUCAGGUUUGUCAUCCAUCACACCAUGAGCAAGUCAGUUGAAAACUACUAUCAAGAGAGUGGACGGGCAGGUCGAGACGAUCUCCCAGCUGACUGUAUCAUCUACUAUGGCUUUUCUGACAUCUUCCGCAUCAGCUCAAUGGUAGUAAUGGAAAAUGUUGGUCAACAGAAGCUGAAUCAGAUGGUGACCUACUGCCAGAAUGUUGACAGGUGUCGUCGCUCUCUAUUGGCUGUUCAUUUUGACGAAGUGUGGGACGAGAAACAAUGCAACCAGAUGUGUGAUAUAUGCCGCAAUGCAAAAGAUGUCAUAUCUGUGGACAUUACCCACCAUGCCAGGCAAGUGGUGCAGAUUUUGGAACUGGCAGAAUCCACGGAUGAGAAGCUAACUCCUCUAAAGUUGGUGGAGGCCUGGAUGGGGAGGGGCCCCACAAAGCACAGGAAGUUAAUGAAGAUCACUACGCUGUCUCGAGCACAAGCUGAGGAUGUGAUUGUCUACCUGCUGCUCCAAGGCUACCUCAGGGAGGAUUUCAGUUUCACUCCAUACACCACCCACUUUUACCUCCUGCUGGGCCGCAAAGCUCCCCUGCUGAAGAGUCAAACACACAUGCUGAGCAUGAAGAUGCAGGCAAAUUUGUGUUCUUCAUCGGAUGUGGCAGCUCCCAGCAAGAUCAUUGAUAAGAUCUUUUACUCCUUUGUAAAAGAAAACAGCUGUCCCCCCCAAUCGAAGCAGAAACAAUUUAAAGCACACAAGAACCUGGCAAGGAAACCUAAUACAAACCCAGCUGAUGAGACCGACAGUUAUGCUGGUGAAGAAGACAAGGGGACGGAUAUGCCUCAUCACGUAGUUGAAGUGAAUGUUGAAAUUAAUGCACCAGCUACGUCUUGUUCUAAACGUAAAUCCACCACCCCUCAAAGAGCGAGAAAGAAACCCCACGCAAAUUCAUCGCCCGUGGUUGUUCCGGCUCCAUUUAAAGUUGCUGACCCACCUUCUUACACAGUCCCCAGCUCUCCCUCCCAGGCCUCCUUUAUUUCCGAAACUGCAGCCGAGGAGCUGUGUGAUCUACAGAACUACUACAGGAAUCAGCUACGGAGAAUCAACUACAUCUCCCAUGAGUAUCUGGGGCAGCCCGAUGAGUCGGGGCUGCUGGCUUGUAUCCGGGAACCUUUAAAGUCCUUGCGACUUCCCCGCAGGAUGACCAUCACCCAGACGGCCCGCAGCUUGUGGACUCGUGUCAGCAGUCGGAGGAAACUGGUCCACCGGUGAGCAUGGAAGCACGGGUUUCUGUUGUAAUAAAAUUAAGAAGCACACAGAA